UGAAUGUUACAUAUUAGUCUGGCCUUCGGUUGGCGAAUUCAGUUGGUUGUUGGAAAGUGUCCUCGAAUAGUCAUUCAACCCACGUCGUGAACGAAAUGUACUAUCACCUGAAAAUAGUGUUGAUAGCCUUGCUAGGUGAUCGUGUGCUGGGAGGAAUUCUAGAUCUGUUCAACGUCAAAACCGACUACAAUGCAGCCUUUAUAAUGGAUAGCAUUUUUAGCGUUCUAGUGAAUGAUAUAUUGAAGGGCGAUUCUACCAAUCCUGUGGAGAUGGAUGUCAUCUUUUGGUGUGGCAAUCGAAACUCUCCGAAUCUUUCGCAAGUCGUCAUAAACGAUACUAGCUUGAGUUCAAAAAUUGUGACCUCAAAGCCACUAGCUUUCAUCACCCACGGAUGGUUGGACAACGGUGAUCGUUAUUGGGUUAGGGAUAUGGCAGCAGAUUAUCUGACAUUCGUAGAUAGCAAUGUUUGUGUGGUGGACUGGAAGAACUUGACGAUGUACGGAUACGCAAUAGCCGUCAAUCAUACCUACAAAGUUGGAGCAUAUAUGACCAAAUUCAUAACGUAUCUAAACGGCCAAGGUAUUCCUCUUAGCAAAGUGACUCUUAUCGGCCACAGUCUGGGAGCACAGAUUAGUGGUCAUACGGGCCAUAAUUUGGGAGGUAAGAUUGCUGCAAUUUACGGUCUAGAUCCAGCCGGUCCACUGUUUACGAUGCCAGUUGAUGUCGGCCCUGCAAAAAGGUUGGACAAGUCAGAUGCGCAGUACGUUCAAAUGAUUAUCACCUCCCGCUGCACCUGUGGUGUAUGUAUCGGCGAUGGUCACGAGAACUUUUACCCGAACGGAGGAAUGGUGCCACAGCCGAACUGCGUCUUGCCGUUGUUUAGCAAUGCGGAAAGUUUCGAGCCAAUCAGUUGCAGUCACUCUCAUGCCAAUUCACUUUUCCGCUUUUCUUUGAAUCCGAACAAUGUGUUCUUGGGCAAGCAGUGCUUUUCCUAUACUGCGUAUUUGUCAGGAAUCUGCUUUUUCAAUAAAUCUACUAAAAUGGGAAUUUAUUCAAGCCGUGUAGGGAACGAUUUAUAUCUCAUGACAAGCGUUUUCGAGCCCUAUACAUAAAUUGAACUUUCGAUUUGAGUGUAUCUAUUGAGAGUUAUAAUAAAAACGAA